GCCCACUGAAACCCCAGGAGUACAGUGUCAAUGUCAAAGUUAGAAAUGCCCAUUAUGCAGUAUUUUUCCAGUGCCCAGUGUGGCUUACUUUAUGGUUAUUCACUAUCACGCUUAAGAGUGUGUAGUGUUUCUAUGUGGUAAUCUUUAGAUUACAGUUUUUAGGGGGGGGGGCAGCACGUAUCGAACCCCUACUGCCUUCGGCCCUUGUACCUGUUUCGACUCAGUGCUCCAUCAUCCCAGCUGGCAGAGAGAGGGAUGCAGCCUGUCAUCUCUAACACAACCACAGCGGAGCAUGGAGCUGCCUGCGCGGCACGGCAGCACUAGCUGAAGACAACCAGCGGCGGGAGGAGGACACGAAGCUCCUUUAACUCUUGGACUUCACAAGAAAAGGAUUUGUUUGUUCACGUCUCAUCCUUUUUAUUUAAAUCUGUUUUUCAACUCUGAAGAGUGCAGUAGAAGUUCUGCUGAAUGCGCAGCCAUGCUCAUCAUCUCGUCUCGCAGUGCACUGCUGUCCGUCUACUACCCACAGAUCUUCCUCAUCCUCACCAGCGGUAGCUACUUGGCUCUGUCCUCUGUGGUAGCUCUUGGUGCGAACAUUAUCUGCAACAAGAUCCCGGGACUGGCCCCCCGUCAGAGAGCCCUGUGUCAGAGUCGCCCUGAUGCCAUCAUCAUCAUUGGCAAAGGUGCCCAGCUAGGUAUCAAUGAGUGUCAAUUCCAGUUCCGCUAUGGCCGGUGGAACUGCUCAGCCCUGGGUGAGAGGACUGUUUUUGGACAAGAGCUGAGAGUAGGCAGCAGGGAGGCAGCAUUCACUUAUGCCAUCACUGCAGCUGGAGUUGCCCACGCAGUGACUGCAGCUUGUAGCCAAGGAAACCUGAGCCAGUGUGGCUGUGACCGUGAGAAGCAGGGCUACCACGACCAAGAGGAAGGCUGGAAGUGGGGAGGGUGCUCGGCUGAUGUCAAGUACGGCGUGGAGUUCUCACGGCGCUUUGUAGAUGCCCGAGAAAUUAAGAAAAAUGCCCGCAGGCUAAUGAACCUGCACAACAAUGAGGCAGGACGAAAGAUUCUAGAGGAGAGGAUGAAGCUGGAGUGCAAGUGUCACGGCGUAUCUGGUUCCUGCACCACUAAGACAUGCUGGAUUAUGCUGCCAAAAUUCAGAGAGAUUGGCUACCUGCUAAAGGAACGCUACAGUGAAGCAGUUCAAGUGGAGCCAGUCAGAGCCUCAAGGCUCCGCCAGCCCUCCUUCCUACGUCUCAAAGAGGUUCGGGGCUACCAGAAGCCAACAGACACAGACCUGGUCUACCUGGAGCGGUCACCCAAUUACUGUGAGGAGGACACAGCUACAGGAAGCACAGGGACAAGAGGCAGACUGUGCAACGGCACCUCAACCCAUACAGACAGUUGUAACGUGAUGUGCUGUGGGCGGGGCUACAACACACAUCACUACACACGUGUCUGGCAGUGCAACUGCAAGUUCCACUGGUGCUGUUUUGUCAAAUGCAACACCUGUAAUGAGAAAUCAGAAGUUUUCACCUGCAAGUAGGGAACAAUGAAUGACUGGAGAGUAGGGUGGAGAAUAAGGGCAUAUGACCAGUUGGAUUUUGAAGUUGAAGGAUGUGAAAGUAUUUAGUAUUUAUUCAGCAUUUUGCACAGUUUAACAUCCUACGUCUUUAAAGACAAGAAACUGAUGUGACAUGGAAUAUGAGGUUUGAAGAGUCUGGAGAAAAGCAUAAUUUUCAUAAACAUAUUUGCUUCUGUACUGCUACAAAACUAUGACAUGGCAAAGGAUGUUGCAGAUGAAAGAACUUUUGCUUUCAACAAAGCAAUAUUUUGAAGACUACAUCUUGUAAAAAUGUAGCUUACAGAUGUUAUGAACAAGAGGAGAAGCAGCAAGGACUAUUGUUGGAUCUUGAGAAGACAUUUGCAAAAUGCUACAAGAGCAAAGUGCAUUAGAUUUUCACAAAAGAAGACUGGCUCCUGGCGAAGACUGAAAAAUGGCAGUGGAAUACCUUUAACUGUACACUCACACUGUAUACUGUUUGAACACUGAAAAUAAAGCAAAAUUAUUUAUGUAAAAAUCUUUCCAUUUCAAAGGUCUCAUAGGAUAGAGAACAAAUUCAUUUUCUUCCUCUGUUAUGAUCGUUUAUGAUCUUCAGUUGCUACUGAUUCAUUUCAUGCUGGGAGUAACACAUUUAUAGUAAUAUGGAGCCGCAUUUAGUCACUGAACAGCUAAAUCUUCACCUUUUCUCAUUUUUAUUCAUCAUCAGUUGUCUGUGGAUUAUUUUGCUAUAGAUUAGCUAUUUUUCUUCUGCACUUAGACACAUCUCUCUCUUUUUAUGGAACAUCAGUAAUCUGGUGGAUUGUGCUGUUGGGUGCUGAACUACUCAUGGCCACGUUCCCCCAGGGCCCAGAUCCUUUGUUGUGCCAAAGUGGCAGAAAACAGUCAAACUAUUUUAAGGAUCCAACUUGUCAGUUUAAAGGCACUUUCAAUCCUGACCGUGUUAUUGUUUUGUUUUCGGAGUACUCUCGACAUCUGAAAAACCCAUGUAAGCCCCAUUGGAGGUGCAAUCAGUUUCGGAAACAUCCAACAUUCCCAUGAACGGCAGAGACACAGAAUUCCACAUUGUGGCCUCUGCUUACACAAGGCCUUCCAGUGCGGUUUAGGUCUGCCUGGGUGGAUGGUAUGUACCCUAACCACACAGAAGUGGGUAUGACAGGAUCAAAGGCCUCAAAGCUAUUUCUGGACAGCACUCUUAAUGUAUUCAGAAAGGUUUAUUUAGGCUUUAAAUAGCUUACAAAACAAUUUGAAGAGUAUAUUUUUGUAUGAGGAACGUGGCACUUUAUGUCAUUUAUGGAUGGAAAGAAAGCCUAUAUUUAGUGUUUUCUAAUGUCAUUGUAUUCAGAUUUGAGAGCUAUAAAUUUUGAAUUUGUCUUUGAUCAAAGUUUCUGUAUCGUGAAUAUUCCACGUGUUUUAUCGAAGUAGGCCAGAUUAUCCAUCAUGACACAAUCUAUUAACAACUCAAAGUAGUUCAUAAAUGCUGAAUGAGUCUAAAUGUAGGAAAGUCCAGGAGACCUCAUGCAUUAUAAUAAAGACUUGGAAGUUGUAUAUAGAUGGCACAUUGGAAAUUUCUAUAACCAACCAGUUGUUCAGCCUUAGAUUAAUGAGAUUCUCUUUCAAGUUGUUUUAAGUCCUUUCAGUAACUAGGAGCUACUAGUUGCUUCCUAAAAGUUUCAAUUGUUAGAAUUUAAAAUACAGCUAAUUUAAGUUUAGGCAUUACUUACAAAGACUACAUGUUGUACUUUUUCUUUUUUUUUACCAAUAAAAUUUGAGCAUCCUUUUAUUGCCUUUUGAGUUUUGUCACAUUUGGCCUUUACUGGCCUUAUUAAAAUCAUUACAAAAAGUUGUCACACACACAAUUCUUUAUUAUGCAUUAUAGAAACAUAUUAUUCAACCCAAACACGAAGCUUAUAAUUUACAGCCUGACAAAGUGUUUUUGAUUUAGUUAAGUAUCAAGCCAGAAGGCACAAAUACAAUACAGUAGAAGUUU